CUUUUUAUUAUUAUUUCUACACGCUUUUAUUUCAAGUUGGGGUUUUUAAAUGAUAUUGCUUCUUGAACCAUCAUCACCAUUUAUUAAGACAGCCUAUUGUACACAUUUGGACAUUGAUAUGCAGAUGUUGAUUAUUGUACGAUAGUUAAAUCAAUUUCAAUCGGAAUAUUUCAAUAUUUUUUCUCAGUUAUCUUCUAAAAUUCCUUCUAAUCGUUAAAAUAGAGACUUGAAAAUAUCAAUAAAUAUUGGAAAACUCAAAUUUAUUUGAACAAAAAUUGUCCCCUGAUAAAUUAAUUUGGUUCAGCUGUGUUGUAUGUUGUACCCAAGUCAACUCUAUUCAGUUUGACUGAUUUUUAAUAUAAUUGUAUUCGAUACUAUUACCAUUCAUUCUCCCGCGCGUAAUUGACUGGAAUUCCACCUUCUGAAUUUCAAAAUGCAUUAUACUCGAUACCGACUGCAUUUCUUGUAUGUUAAUUACCUGGCGCCAAUAUUUAAUUGAUUUCAUUUACGUCACAACCCAUUACAAUUAAAUGAAAAAUCGACAAAAUGAGUAUUUUUCUACUAGUUUAUUUCAAAUAAGUCCCAAUUACGGGGAAAAUUCAAAUACAAGUGCGUAAAAAUUCACGGCCUCGGUCGUUAUUUACCACUAACAAUGCUGAAUUCUUACUUUGCCAACUUUGAUUUGAUUAAACUGCGCUUUUGAGGUGAAAUUUAUCAAAAGAGUUUUGUUACUACCCCUGUGACUCAACUGACAAGAGGCACACACAUCAGAAGUUAAUUGGAAAAUAUAAUUGUUUGUUUCACGCCUCAGUUGGUAUUACGUAAUAAGAAACAAACGAGUUGGUUAGACUGAGUGAUCGAAUUAUGUCACCUGGCGGGACGUGUGAUCAAAAAUCUGGAGGUUGUUGCGAGGAAGUGAUUAACGUGGACCCACAUAGUAAUUUGCCAAUUGACCCCAAUUGGGUCUCCAAAGUGCCCCAGUUUCUGAUUGAUGGAGUGAGGGCUGAACGAAUAGUUCCUGUCGCAGAGGACUAUGACGUGUUCGACCAGAAUGCAGUGCUGCGAGUGGACCAGUAUGGAUUCUUCCUCAACUGGAAGGGAGACGGUCGGGAGGGUCAAACAAUCGAGACGUGCCAAAUAAGUGACGUGAGACGUGGCGCCAGAGGUCAAUUCGGAGAACUCCUUCGUGAAAAGUUCAGCGUCUCUCAACAACCCCCUUUAGUUCCAAACUCAUUCUCAUCCCUCCCUGGAGCCCCCAAUAUGUGCAAUAACAACAACUCUUCCGGAAACAGCAAUUCACAAUCUGGAAUGUUGACUAGUCAGAAUAGCAUGUCGGGAAGUGGCAAUUCUGGAACAUCAGGAUCCAUAAAUUCAGGUUACAAUCAGAACGUGAAAGCAGCCCUAGUUAACCCUGUAAUGAGUCAACUAGGAUCCACAGCAGUCGGGUUCCAAUCGGGAGGCGUGGGGUCACAGAAUACACAAGGAGGUCAACAGCAGUCAUCAGUAUAUUUCGAAGAUAGGGUGCUAGUGGUAGUGUGUGGGCUGGACUUUGUGAAUUUGACCUACUGGUACUUUUGUAUGGAUUCCCAACAGACAGUCAUG